AUGCUUAGAGGUAGUACGUUUGUAAGAUUGGCAACUAAUGUUGUGAAAUCGAAUUCCAGAGGUGUUUUGACGAACAAUAUUGCCAGACCUAUGAAUAGUUUGAAGUUCUACUCCACCGAUAAAAAUGAUACCAAGAAGCAACAGCAGCAACAACCACAAUCUAUUUUGAACGAGGACAUGUUGGCCAAGGCGGGGUUUGAUGAUCCUGUUGAAAAGGAAGCAAAAUCCAGUGAAUCAGCAGAGGGUGCUGAGGAAAGCGAUGGGUCUGAAACUGAUUCUAAAUCUUCAAGAAGAAAGAGAAGAGCACAGACCUCCAAGGACUUGCAAAGAGAAAAAUACGCCAAUUGGUUCUACUUAUCUACAUUGGUAGGAGGUGUAGCCGGAGUUGGAUACAUGGCUAGGGACUGGGAUUCAGAAGAGGAAGCCAAGAGAUUAGAAGCUUCAGAUAUUCCCAACGGUUACUCGCCAGAUUUAAUGUACAAUAGGUUCAACGCUAGGUUGGGUUCUCUCUUCACUUUUUUCCAGGAACCGGCGUUCGAGAAUUUGUUGCCACCACCGGCUCCAGAAGCAUACCGUCGUCCGUUAACCUUAGUAUUAACCUUGGACGAUUUAUUGAUCCACUCGGAGUGGGACACCAAGAACGGUUGGAGAACCGCCAAGAGACCUGGUUUGGAUUACUUUUUGGGAUACUUAUCUCAGUACUAUGAAAUCGUUAUAUUUGGAUCCAAUUUGCAGAUGUACUCUGAAAAGGCCGUUGCCAAAUUAGAUCCAUUGCACGCUUAUGUUUCCUACGCUUUGUUUAGAGAGGCUUGUCGUUACAAGGACGGUAAGUUGAUCAAAGAUUUGUCGUUAUUGAACCGUGACUUGGGCAAGACCAUCUUGAUCGAUGUGUCUCCAGAUUCUUGGUCAUUGCAACCGGAGAACGCUAUCCCCAUGAAGGAAUGGGACGGAAAGCCAGACGAUACUUUGAUUAAGUUAAUCCCAUUCUUGGAGUAUUUGGCCACUCAACCAGUUAAGGAUGUUAGACCAAUUUUGAAUUCAUUUGGUGACAAGACUGACGUAAUUGGAGAAUUUGCAAAGAGAGAGUUGAAAUUGAGAGAGCAAUGGAAGAAGGAUAACCAACACUUAUUUAGAAAUUCUAGUAGACCUAACGCUGGAACAUUUUUGGCAUCCUUAAUGGGAGUACCAACAUCACAAGUUUCCAAGGAGCCUAAGAUGCCAUUGGAUAUUAUCAGAGAACAUGGUCAAAUGCAGUACGAACAUUUCCAAAAGUACUUGAAGGAAAAUGCUCCAAAGUUCUUGGAAGAAGAAAAGAAGUUGAAAGAUGAAUUUGGUAAAAUCACCUUAAAUAAGUUGAUUACUGAAGGUGCACCAACCCCAGAAUCCAUUGCAAAGGCACAAGCUGAAAAGGCGCAAGAUGCAUAA